CUUCAGCGGUGAAGUCAAAAGGUUGGAGAGUUACAUCUGUAACAGCGUCUGAAGAGAUUGAUACGGGGGAGACAGGAUGCAUUACUGCAGCAGCGCAACUGGGCACCUUAAUCAGCCCCAGCGGCAACAAAACAUGUCUCUCCCAUAUUGGUUUCUACAGCCACAGCAGUGCUCCAGGGACUAAGAUGGCAAGAGAGUUUAUCGAACCUGCUUCAGGAAAAAAAGUUCAUAUUGCAAGUACAGACAUAUCUGAAAUCCUGAAAGAAAGGUUUGAGCGGCUUUCAGCAGGAGAUCAGCGUUUUUUUCAAUCUGGAUCCACGUUCCUUGCUUUUAAUGGAAGUCUCUGCGGCUUAGUAUCGAAUAGCUUGUUUAGGCGUGCCCUGAAUGUAACGCAAGCUCGUUUCGUAUCUGCUCUGCCCAUGGCUGUUUUACCGUACAUUUCAACUGUGGUCGCUUAUGAAUGUUUCAUUAAUCGGCCUUUAAUGGAAGGUGAUCUAAAUUGUGCAACUUGCGCCUGGAUCAGAGGUGGUUUAAUUGGAGGAGUAAUAGGUUGCAUCUACCCUGCUUUCCUAGCUCUACCUUUGAAUGCAGCUCUUGCAAACAGGUAUUUAACAACUCCCAUGCCAGGCCAAGAAAACAUGCUGCGCUACUGGAUGAUGGUUUGCAAACCCGUUUACAAAAGGAUAAGAUUUGCUGCAAUCUUUCAAAUUGCAUUGGGAGCAUACCUGACCUCAAAAAGUCAUGAAAUAUACAUUAAAAUGCUGCAGUUGCCCCAGCCUGGAGAAGACCCUGAAGAAAUAAAAAAUAAAAUUUGAAUUUAUGCAAUCAUUACUUAUUUGAUUUUUCUUCAUCUAAAUCAUCCUGCUAGUGUUUUUGUUUUUUAAAGUAGCUCUUAGCAUACUGAGCAAGCCUUGGGACCUCAUGGUGAAAGGUCAGUACUUUUGCCUGUGCUUCCCCCCCCCUUUCUUUCUUUCCUUUUGGUAUGGGGGAUAGGUGGAAAGUAAUACCCUGUGAUAAAGGAGACGAGUAUACUUUGAAUAAACCUUUGUGGUGACGGUGGACAGAGGUUUCCCUAUUGAUCACAGAAUUUUAAAUUGGAAGGGACCAUGAGGAUCAUCUAGUCCAACCUCCUGCAAUGCAGGGAAUCCUAUUGUACGUAAUACCAUGGAUGUGACCAGCCGGUGUGUCUUGCUUUUACCUUUUCUUUUUUAAAAAAGCGUAGCUUCCAUUAACAGGUGAGAGAACAUUGCAUCAAGGCUACCUUCCAGGAAUGUUUUGCAACGAGUGGCUGACAAAGCAGCAGCCUGCAGAGCACUGAAAAGCUCUGGAGUUUUAUUUUUGAGAUUGUAAGUUGUUUUAAACUGUUUUAAAUACUAUUGUGUUUUAUUGUUGUAACCCGCUUGGGCGGCACAUAAGUAAAUAAAGAACAACAAAAUUCCCUAGAGCUCUUCAGUGCCCUGCAGAUUGCUUACCUGACCAUAUUCCCCUGGAAGGGAAGCAAGAGAUCUUGAUUGUGCAUCAUUUAACACCCAGGGUACAACAAACUCCUACUAACCUCCCUGUUGUACAGUCUUAAGAAUUAGCAGAUCUGCACAAUUCCCAUGAUGGAUGCCACCAGUAU